UAAUAUUGCAGUUCUUAAUCCGUCUUUUGUGGUUUGCCAAAAUACUACUGCCGUUUUACUCGGGUUAUUGGCAUUAUUCAACAACCACGAAUUGUAUUUAAUAGUUCUACCAUCAUUAGUAGUUUGUAUACAGCUUUCUAAUGUGUCACAAUGGUACGUUUUAUCGAGAGCAGGAAUCUGCGUAAAUUCAUAUGUAUGGGAUUAUUGGUGAUGGUGUUAAUAUUAAUUAAUCUUCUAUUAAUUUAUGAUAGAAGCACCAAAUACAAAGUUCCAGAAGUAAUCAAAUUCACCCAAAGCUCACCACUUUCACAAAAUGAUAAAUGGAUUGUAGUGACAACAUCGUCAUUCCGGGAACAUGAUAUUACAGCUCUGACCAGAAUUCCUGGAUGGAAAGUUGUAGUUGUGGUACUGAGACGGGACGCAAUCCCGGCAAAACGAUUAAACAACUGUGUAUAUUUAGACAUUGACCAACAAAAUCAACUUGGGUAUAAAACAGCAGAUUUAAUACCGGAAGGAAGCUACGCCAGGAAAAAUAUCGGAUAUCUCUACGCUAUUUCUCAUGGCGCCAAAAUGAUUUAUGAGACGGACGACAAUGUGCGUCUAUUGGAUGGAUUACAACGAUUUAGAUUCAAGUCGAUGAUGACAGGUUUAGUGUAUGCAGGUGAAAACAUGUUUAAUCCAUAUCGCCAUUUUGGUCAACCUACAUUGUGGCCUCGUGGUUAUCCGUUAAGUUCAAUAGGAGAGGAAAUAAAGAAUGAAUAUAUCUUGCAUGAAUUUAAAACACCCUUAAUCCAGCAGGGAUUAAUAUCAAACGAUCCAGACGUCGACGCAGUGUUAAAAUUAAGUCGCAAAACGACAAAAGCUCAUUUUAACGCCACGUUUGAUAGCAGAGCGCCACCUGUGAUUUUACCAGCUGGUGUGUUCUCUCCCUUUAAUUCCAAAGAUACGCUCUUCCUGUACAAUGCUUUAUGGGCACUUAUGUUACCCACAACCGUGAAAAAUAGUGAGCCAGAUAUCUGGCGAGGAUAUUGGGUCCAGCGACUUUUAUGGGAAAUUGAUGGCAAUUUGGGAUUUUUUCCACCCAAUGCUGUCCACACGGAUAGCGAACAUUCUACUUUAGAUGAGGCUGUCGUUGAUGCAAAACGUGUUUAUUUCCAAACGGAAGAUGUGAUAACGUUCUUAAGGCAAUGGCGAUGUCCUGCGGAUUUUAUAUUCUAUGACUGCAUCAUGCGACUGAGCAGAGAAAUAGUGGAACAUGAUUUCUGGGAGAAUAGUGACUAUGAUCUGGCAAAAUCAUGGUUGAAUGAUCUAAGAGCAGCAGGAUUCGUGUUACCAAAAAGACGCAGCCCCAAACGCAAUUCUCAUAAUAUGCAGUCUCUUUUCCAAAAUAUCAGCAGUAGUAAGUCAGCGUUAUCUAUAAACACCAAAGACCCUAAGGUCGUGUAUUUUUGGCCUUCUGAACAGAAUCCACCUUCAUUAUAUUCCAGUGCUGCCAUAGAAACGAAUGGUAUGUCAUGGAAUCACAUGGACCGAGUGGUUAAAAUGUGUUCAGAUGCUCAAGUCGCCAUCUCACACGACAUGUUGAAAACCCACAAACAAUACGAGGACAUAUUGUUAAUUAUAGCGUUUAAUAACCCACAUUUACAGAACAUUCUUCAUUUACAGACAUUAUACAGCAUUCAUUUCUCCCAUAUUUUAUUUUGUGCAAACGAUUCUAGACCAUUUGUAGCGGUUUCAAAAAAUCUAACACAAAGAGUAAGCUUCGUUAAAACUUUUACCCAUCAUGGCAUCGUGAUAUAUAAUUGUUUAAGUCAUGCAAUAGCUAUGAACUAUGACGUCAGUGGCUAUAUCCUUAUGGGUGAUGACGUACUACUCAAUUCUUGGAAUAUAGGAGAUCUACCACGCGAUAAAUUUUGGUUUCAAAGAACUGUGAGUGUCUUUAAUAAGUCGAGUUCUUAUAAAGAAAAUCGCUGGGCUUGGUGGAAAGAUAGCUCUGGAAAACCUGCUUAUAAUAAUUUUUCCAACUUUCUCCAAACAAUUCCAUCCCUUGAUCCGGAAAAAGCACCCAUAAUUCACGACUUCAAUAAGAUGCUUAUAAGUAAUACAAAAUCGGACGUAGGACUUUUACGGGCUGUGGCAGAUUUUUUAUAUGUACCAAAGCGUUUUCAGGACCGUGUGUUAUACUUUUUAGAGAUUUUUUCCAAGUAUGGAGUGAUGUUGGAAUUGGCGAUACCUACUGUAAUAGGGGGGUUGGAUCACCGCAAAAAUAUUGUCCCCAUACGCGGUGUUGUUUUAUGGUUCAAAAAACGUUUAAACUACACCUCUAGGUUCGAACCCUCGGGUCAUUUUAUGCACCCAGUGAAGUUAGGUAUAGAAAUGAAAACAGAGAAAGGUCGACGGUUUAUUUGUUCACGAGUUAUCCCUUUGAUGUUGCAAGGUGUAUUAAAGAAAAAGAAUUAAAGGACAAUAUUGGUGUCGGUAUUUAUCAAA